AGCGAACUGGCAGCGCUAGAGUAUUCCUAUCCAGCUGAUUACACUUGCGCUCAGUAAUCACAGGCAUGAGCAUCUGAGAUAUUGCAUUCUCUAAUGGCUCUAAUCAUGGAUAAUACAAGUCUUUCUAUUAUCCAUGCUCUAAUACAUCUUGAAUGUCUGGCAAAUUUCUUGAAAAGUACGUCCACCGAUGUUUCUAGCCAAGUGUAGGCUGCGUAAUAAUAAUGAUUAUCAUAAUAAUAAUAAUAAUAAUAAUAUAUUAUUAUUAUUAUUAUUAUUAUUAUUAUUAUUAUCAUCAUCAUUAUUAUUAUUAUAACGUUUACUUUUAUAGCGCUAUUUCGAUUCCAUUACUGUCCAGAGAGAGCACACGAUUGAAAAGAAAGUGUUGAUACUGUGAUAGCGACUACCCUACGAGCAAAAAGGCUCCCUUAUUCUAUUAAAGAUGUCUGUAUAGGGACAUAAUGAAUUAGAAUCUAUUUCGAUAUCACCAUUUUUCUUCUAAAUUCAAACUGUGAUUACAACAGUCAUCACUGGUGAUUGAGGAUUUGUGUGCGCCCCCAGCAUUCUCCUCAAUCUGCAUAAUUCUUCUCGUCAUCCAUUCAUUCAGCCUCAUUCAAUAAUUGCUAAAUAAAGCGCGUUUGCUUAUGUACGGUUGUAUCAGGCGUAAAAGAGAAGCGAAAGGAGAGACAUUCCUCUCCCCCUCCCCUGACCCCUAAGGAAGACCUUGAUCUAUACGCACGCGAGCAGUCUGGGUAAUACCUCAUGGAUAGAUACUUCAUGUACGGGGACAAAUAUACCGCGUGAUACAACACAAUGAACACACAGAAUAUGCAGGUAGUCGCUUCGUAGAGUUGGCUCGUGAAUUGAUCAGCAGCACCGAAAUCUUUUUGAUAAAGGUAAGAAAAGCUUCUCAACACAUUAAGCAUACAUCUUAGAAUAGUUUGAGGGGUUGACUUAAUCGACAGAGUCGAAAAUGCAUGCUUUUAGUCCGCGUAAAUAACAGCUUAAGCGUACGCUUUACCAAGCAAUUUGUUGCAUUGCUACUGUGAUUGUCAUUAAGCAUGCUUAAUUAACGAAGAAGUUAAAGCAUAGGUAAACAUUUAACGGUUAAAGAGGUCUUAAAAAUGCGACGUAUUUUUGAAUUUCCGCGUUUUGAAGUUCGUGUUUGAUUUUACGGUUGCAGUAUGUUUUAACUCGAGUUAUUACAUAACUCAAUCUUGAUAGCUCGAUCUUUCAGCUGAUAUUUGCACGCUGUGCAAUUACCUUAUAUUGCCGUAUGGGAUGAUUUAUUACUUUACAUAACAAAAACGUUUCAUACAUAAAAGCCAGGCUUUAUAACGAAAAUUGAAUUAAGUUGUCAAAGAGCAAUGUAAUAACGCGUGAAUAGACCUUGUCACGGUUUUAAAAGCCAUCUUGACAAGUGGGUAAGCGCGUGAGAAAUUACAGCAUUUGUAUGAGAAUGUAAUGUCGAAUAAGGUCAGUCAAAUGGCUUUUCUGACAAAUUAAUAUAUGUUGUAAGCUAAAGCUACCCAGCAAAGGAUUCUAAUAACAAAGUUUGGGGCUGUACCCAUGCGUUACAUUUCUGCAGAUGCUUCAGGUUGCAAAGAAAGUCAGUUUUACAGCUUGCCAUUACAUGUCUUUGCACGCUGUGGUUGCUUUAGAUUUUCCACAUGUUUGCCUACAAUUUUCCAAGGAAUAAUUCCCAGGAAAAUUGCGGGCAAAUAUAUGAAAAAUCUAAAGCAAGCAUCUGGAGAAAUAUUUUUAGUUGGCAGGAUGAAAUAAAUGUAUAGAAAAUUUAAAAAAGUGGUUCUUGCACAUGCAGCUGCAUGUAAUGCCCUCAAAUUUUUACAAUAGAAUCCGUACAAGUGCAAGUAAAGCUUACAGAAAUUAUUUGACAUUAAAUUCUCAUACAACCACUGUAAAUUCUCACGUGGUUGCCUACCCAUCAAGAUGGCUUCCAAAUGUGUGACAAGGUGUAUUAGACAAAACUCUUCUCACGUGCUAUCUCCCUUCAUUUGUUUCAUUUUGUUUUUCUCCCUUUUGGGUCAUAAUAUGAACUCUGUCCACCAGGAAAAAAUGUAGCCUUCUUUUAUAAUUGUCAUUUGAAAAUGGUUUUUGUUCACGCCAAUCCAGAGUAAAUUAGCCCAGGAAAAGGGCCAGCAGUAAGAAUAAAGGGACACUUUGACUGACGUGUGUAAUUUGAAACCUACUGCUCAGGUACUGUAUUUGUAUACUGUGAAAAGAUACGCUUUUCUGCGCGUGGAUAAACUCACUGGCUUAAACUUUAAAGCAGCUCCAUGAACUGAUAGGUUUUUGAAUAUCCAAUGUAGAUUUUUGCCAGUAGAGUUCGCCAGCACACCCGUUUGUCCAAAAAAAGCCAAAAGCUAUGACAGCGCGUUUGGAAGUGUUGCUGAUCAGUCUAUCAUUCAUUUCAGCUUGUAACGUUUAACAAAACCUGCUGGCAGUUACAAGCAAAGCUAUCAUCACAGAGUUUCUUAAAAACAAGUAGUUUUUAAUGCAGUGCAGUGGAUAUAAAGCAACUUUAUUAAUUUAAGCAUGUUUUACAUAAAUUCGGAAGUACCAAUCCUUACACGCCAUAGUCUACGGGCGGGUCUACAGGUCACAGAGGUAGAAAGUUGUUCGCCUGUUACUCACGGUAAAGCUUUACUAUUGAUUCAUUAAAUCGCUCAAGAAUUUUGGCCAUGAUACUUACAGUUUUUAGGCCAUCGCGUGCUACGAGAAUCGUGUCCUGUGCUACAGGAAUCAUGUAGUGCAUGACAUGAUUUGUGUCUCGUGAGAGGGUGGUAACUUACUUUUGAGCAGGUUUGUACAAGAUUACAAGGUAAACUAGAAAUAGGUAUCUCGCAAUAACCCUCGGAAAACUAGGUUUUAUAGAAGGACCACUUAAGUUAAGCCCUGUUGAGCGGGGUUAGUAACUGGAUGGGUAACUCACCGCGAAUAUCGUCAUGAAGGUCCCCUCUUUGUUCUCUCUCGUCGUCUUCUUUUUUUUUUCAUUUUUUGUGUUGUUCUUUUUAAAAGUGUAUUGAAAAGCAUAUUUAGGAUUAAAACACAAACAUGGCGGAAAAGUUCACGCGAAAAUUAUUGGAAUCUUACUUCAGGCCGUAGAGAAAUGCGAGGACAAGGGGUACUUAAGGAGGGAGGGAAGGAAAUGCCUGCCAGGGCACCAUUGUUUUCGCCAUCCCACCUACUAAUUAUGUAUGCAAAAAUAGCGCAUCUGUGAAUGACUAGUUGUCAAAUAAGUCUGGCUGUGAUGCACUUAUUUUUAGCUUUUGUUUUCCUAAAACAAGAAAGUCAAUAUUUCUAGCCAGAAUAAUAAAUAAGAAUAAGAAUAAAUCAAGGAACUCGAAGCAACUUUCCGACAUUCACAAGUAACUUUGGGACAUCUGAAUGCAACUUUGAAACAUUCCUGAGCAUUGCGAAUAAGCUUACCUAAAAAAUAAUAAUAAUGCUGUAAUUAUAUAAUAGAAGUUGAUUUAGACGGAACUCAAGACAAAGCAAUCACUAUGUUCAUUCAAAUACAUCCAAAUCCUCUCAGGCUGUACUUUCACAUGGUGCUUAUGCGCGUAUUUGUUUAUCAGCAUUUAACAGACUGAACUUUAUAAAUUUUUGUUGAGUAUCGACUUUGGCCACUUUUGGGUGUGAAAAGGUUAAAGUUUUUUUUUUCUCAGGUUUAGCCCUCUGUUCUUACUCACCUGUAUGCAUUUGAUAAAUUUGUUAUAAAGCUUUGUCUAAUGAACAUGUCCCUUUCUGUUUAAACUAUGCAUUGGCCUUCAGAGUGGUGACCAUUAGUUGGGGAAGAGUAAAGACUAUAAAAGACUGAUGUUUUUACAGUGUGUAAUGGGUGUUACAGUUACUUGUUAUCAUAAAUGGCAAAUGAAAGGUUCUGUGAUCUGCUGUUAAUAAUUUAUGAAUUUUCAUUCCUUUGCUCUUGCCCCAGAGGUGUGAAUAUUUUACAGAACAGAAUACCACAUUUUUAGAAUUGACCGCUAAUUUACUUGUUAAAAUGCCCCACACAGUGUUCUCCUUAUCAGGCAGUAACCGGUAAAAUCUACUGUUUGAAGCAACACUUCUUACCGCCUGCAACCUCUUGAAGUGUUACUAGAAUUAAAUAAAUUGUUUAAAAAAAUAUGCAAGUUGUGAUCCAAGCCGAUCCCUGCAAGAAAAGGAAGUAAAUACAGAAAAACAAAAAGUAUACACAGCUAUUCUCCCUAAGUACUUCAUUUAAGUGCUGACUGGCACCUUUCAAAGCACUGCAGGCUAACAAUUUUUUCGUGGGCUUCUGUCCCAAUUCUAAGCUUUUUCGACCAGCAGGAAAAGUUCAUGACUUCCGCAACUUGUGUUACUAAAUUGACCCUAGCGGCAAAGGCAGCCUUCAUUUGUAAAAUUCUUUGUUUUGAGGUGUUUAAAAUACUUUUUGGUCAAUUGGUUGACAGGAUGCUCGAAAAUAAAAGCCUUCAUGAAUGUGAAGCCCCUCCCCUGGUAGGAGAGUGCGCCUCUGGCGCAUAUUUUUGACCUUACCGGUCAAGAAUGGUCCCUUAACCGCUAAGCUAAAAUUUAGGGAGAGCACUGCCCACAUGAUUGCAGAAAACUAUAAUAACGUAGCUUAAUGCUACAAGAAGGCUGAAACCCUAAGUGAUUGCUGCAGAAUUUGUUGUUGUCCAGCAUGUCAUUGUCAUUUGUUAUUUGGAAUGUUUCAGUCCUGCUAUGAGAUUUGCAGAAAGGGCUGCUGUUUGGCCUGUCUUUAAAAUUCUCUACGAUUCAUGCUGCUAAAUUUGCAGUGAACAAAAAAUCUUUUUAUUUAAAAGAGUUGACAAAUUGAUUGUCCCUGGCUUCCUGUCAAAUACAUAAUUAUGUUCUGUUGUAUUUUACAUUGAUAUUUCCAGCAGAUAGUCUUUUUCAACAAACAAACAAACAGUCUGAUAUUCAUUCAGAUCUACAUGCUGUUAUUCGCAAUAAAUGAACCUUCACUGGUCUCCACUGUUUGAUCACUAAUUAUACUUUGAAGAGGAGGAAUGACAAUGAUGUUAUCAAGGCCCACUUUCAACUAAGAUCUGAUAAACCUUUACACAAUCACUGAUACUGUAAUUAAAUUACAAUGUAGACAAAAUAAUUUUAACACCAAAUUUUAUUGAUCUAUUGAAUACAAACUAGUGUACUCAGUAUCAAGUUGAGAAAUUAUGUUGAUUAUUUUUGUAACUGCAGAAAUCCCUCAAACUAACCCAAAUUAAAACUUGUUCUAUUGCGUACCCGUUUAGGAGAAUUCUUUAUUGAUAGGCACAAUAAUUUCCACCUCCUCAUUUCUUUGUUUCUCGCUCCGUGAUUUUGUAUGUUUGUCAAAAGGCACAAGAUGUGAAUAUACAGGCUAUCACCAACAGUGUCCUUAUAACUAGUGACAACAAUAUUUUAGCCUGCCUCUAAUUGUACAUGUAUCUGUCUUUCUCUGUGGAAUUACUGGUAUUCACGUCCGUUUUGGCUGAAGUCAUAACCAAAAUGAAAUGCAACGAAGCCCUAACAGUGCACUAGCUUUUCUAUUGGCAGUUAAGCUCUGGCAAUAAACUGAAUAAUCUUUGUCAAGUUUUUUUACUAGUUUAUAAUGCUUUUUUACAAUUUGUUCUAGGCUAGAUUUGUAGGUUUCAGUAGGGCUGGUACUCAACGAUUUAUAGUAGCUUGGUUACCUAUAAUUUCUUGUACUAAUUUAAAUUGCCAAGAAUAAACACUCAAAUUGGAACUUCUUCUGUUAUUGAAAACAGGCAUAUCUCCAAUAGAAAGUCAAGGCCAAUGGCUGGAAGUCAAGACAUAGAAGACAAAACAUGCCUCUUUGAGAGCUCUAGUAAACUGUAAGUUUCUCAACUUUAGAGAUUUCUCCUUCUUAAGCCCUUAACUACCAGAGUCAACUACACCAAGUAACCGGCAGCCAUUUCUCAAUGACUGGAGUUUAUUUAUUAAGACAACUUGAACGACUGGGCUCUUGGGGAUUUGAUUUGUCUGAGUGACCUCACACAGGACGUAUAUACACAUCCUUGGUAGGCAAGGGAUUAAGAUUCCAUGUUCUUUGCUUAGAUUACUGGUGUGGAAAUUUGGCAAAUGGUAGUCAUUGUAGAACUCAGAUGGUUUUGGCACGGAAUAGGGAAAUACUCUUUAAAGAUCACGGAUGUGAAGAUUUAUAUGCAUACUUUUGUCAAAAGCCUCCAUUCAAGAGCAUCCUUAUGAAAAUCUGGUAAUUUUGGAAAUUGCUUUAACGUUACACAAUCCUGCAAUUUGAUUUCUCCUUUACUACAGAAAAAACUUUGUGAACAUUCCCACCUGGGUUUGUGUUUCUUUUUCCAGAAAUGAUGCAGGCAAAAACCCAAUCAUUUUACAGUUAGUAACACUGAAACCCACCCAUCCCCAAGGGAAAAAAACAGCCUCCCUCUCCACCUGGACAAUCUUGUUCUUUGUUGAUUUUGGAAAUACAGUAGAACCUCGAUAACUUGAACGUGGAUAACUUGAAUUCUCUGCUAACUUCAACCAAAGUUCUUUUUCCUUGAUGAAAAUUCCACUGAAAUUUACAUUUUGUACCCUAAAAACUCGAAUUCCAUGCUAACUCAACGUUUUUCAGUUCCCUUCCGAGUUCAAGUUACCAGGGUUCUACUGUAUAAAUAUCUGACAUGAUGUGCCUGAUCAAACAAGGUCUUGAGCUUGAGUAAAGCUUCACUGUAAAGCUUCAUAAUUACAUGUACAUUUGUAUAUUUUACAACAUUAUAUGAGGGGGAGGGGAGGGGGGACUGUGGCUAUCCAUGAACCAGAAUAUUGUAAAAAGGGAUAAUAAUGAUAAUAAUGAAGUGGAGGUCUGGAAGCAAGUAACCUUGCGUUGAAUGAGAUAUUAGGUAACAUAAAUAAUCAUGGUAAUAGGAGUGAGUGGAGUCCAAUUUGUUCUUUAGUCAUAUGUGUGAUUAACAAAGUGAGAUGACCGAGUAACAGUAGUCUGAUUUGUUCAAUCACGAGUAUGAUUAUUGACAGAAUUGGAUGACACGGAGUUCUGUUACAAAUGUUAAUUAAUCAUAACUACAUGUACAUGUAAAGUUGUGUUACAAAAUUAAUUGUGACACUUGAAGCUUUUUUUGAAAUUUAAAACACGAGAAAUUCCUGUUAGAAAGUUUUGUAUGAAGUGGAAACAAUCAUUUAAGAACGGGUGUGCAAUGGGCAUGGGACGCAAAAUGUCCUAUUACUCUGUCAUAUUAGUUCUCAAAUAAGGACAGUUGAUAGCCAAUCCCAUUCGACGAUUUUGUUAUUGUUAUGAUUAUAUGCAAAAUAAGCAAGCACAAAGUCUAAGUACAUUAAACCCACCACAUACAUAUACAAAGUUGUGUUACAAAAACACUUAGUUACUAAUUAAUAAAUUUUAAGCUGGGUAAAGAAUGCGUUUCAGUUGAGAAUAGAAAUGAAGCAAUUUUGAGGCCAUUGUCAAGCACUGAGCAGCAUGCUAGCCACAGAUACAGUCGAACCUCCAGGUGCGACCACCUUGCGUUGGCAACCACCUUUCCAAAACACCAAAAAUGUUCUCAGUCAAAGCCUUAUACUGGAACCUCCCGUAAGCGACUGUGACCACUUUUUCGGCUGACAGUUUCAGAAUUUUCUAUUGUUUUCAACCUCCAAUAUUUGACCACUUAACACAUGGUCUUACUAAACAGUGAAGUACAUAGUAAAAGUGGACAAAAAAGGACUUUAUUAUUUGGCUGUCAUUAUUGUCUACAUGUCUGUUGCUCUGUAUAAUUAGUUUGAUCUAUAACUCAAUAUUAACUUUUGCCCUUGAGAAAAAGACUUAGAUUUCCUGGUUUCAGUUUAAGAAGUUAAGUUUUUGUUCUUCAGACGUUUUAGGGACAUUUCUCUGCAAGAAGUCACGUACACAAGUAAAAUUUUUUAACCACAAUCCUCAUCCCUAAGUACACUUCUGUAAAAGAAGUGUCUCGUAGAAUAGCUAAUGAUUUUGUCAAUAAAACUACCAGUAAUUGGCAGGGGAAAGUAAACUUUCAUUAUUUUUUAUAACAAAUAUACCACUCCAUUCUAGGUUGACUUAAAAAUUUUGCCCUUGUGGUCCGACUAUCCUAAGCAAACGCCUUCCAUGAGCAAUCUCCAAGCCUUUCGCUUUGGGUGGUCACUUACAGGAGGUUCGACUGUAUUGCCGGAUGGUAGGAUUUUUGAAUGACCUUGGAAAAUGGUUUCAGCAAGUGUUUGUUAUUUGUUUUAUCAGCGAACGGAUGAAAAGAUCAAAACAGGGACUCUUUUUUUUCCUGCCAAAGAAAACCCUAAUGUGGAGAAGGCCUUAUUCGAUUGGCCAACCGUGUUGCAGUAUGACGUCAAAAUAGUAUCAACUGAUUUCAAGAAAUUUCUCGGGCAUGAAGUUUUUUGAUCCAAUGUUCUCUUUGAUAGGCCAGUUGCACUAAGAGGUCACGUGACCAAUGCUUCCUUUAAACGAUGCGUUGGAAUCUUGCUGAUACCAAAAAUUGACAGAGCGCAUAAAAAUUAUCUUUCUCCCGAAAUUUGAGAGGGAACGCAUUUAAGCGAGAUAUUUUAUGGCACUUUGAUUUUUCAACAAAGCAGUAUGAUUUGUAUUGGCCGCCAUGUUGGAGGGCAUACUCUUGCUCUCCAACAUAGCGGCCAAAACUACUUUUUGCUUAUAUCUUGUUAAACAUUUGAUAGUUACGCUCAGAUGUGCUGUAAACAUUACCACAUCCUCUUUUCAACAUUUUCCUUGAACUUUAAGUUCAAAAUUUGUGUUCUGAAAGAUGUAAUACCUAAAUUUACAAAUCACAUUUUCAUCACGUGACGAGCUAUGCACUUACUCAUUUUAAGAAAAUGGUGCGAGUUUGAAAAACCAGAUCACUAUUAUUUUGUUUAAGAUAUGACCCACUAAUCGAUUUUCGAAGGCAAAAUCAUGUAACUUUCAUUUUCAUAAACUCGAUGUCACAUGAGAUCUUAGUGCAAAUGGCCUAUAACCAAUCAAAAGCCACGCGCAAUAGUAUCCAUUUAAUGAACCAAUCAAAUCGCUCUAUUUCCAUUUGUUUGUUGUUUUUGUUUUGUUUGUGUGUUUUCAUUUCAAGGUCAUAUGAAAAUCACUCCAUUGUUGGUUUAAAAGUGCAUUGUUUGGUGAAAUGAAAAAAAAAUUGUUUUGUUUUGAAACCCAUUUUGUGUCUCACAAAAGACACCACGUGAAAGUGGAGGGUUUUUUUAGUUGAAUUCCUUUGAAAUUCCUUUGUUUCCUUACCAAAAAAAAGUCGCAGGCAAAAUUUCCUUAAAUUUCGUGCCCAUUGGAAAUUUAUCAAAUACCUGUAUUACACGGAUGUUCUGCACAUUCAAAAUAAUGUAGCCCUUCAAUCACUCUUUUUAGAGACGGCUUAGAACUGAUAGUAUUUUACAAUGGCAUGAUUUUGUAAGAUACUGAUCUCAUCAACUAUCACAUCAAAAUGCAGAAUCAAAAUCAAUACCCCCCAAAAAUGGUGCAGUAAUUAAUGGUUCUUUUGCUUUCUAAACUUUGUGUAGUAAUACAUGUAUAUUCUCAGUAAAUGUACUUAGUAGAUCAGUUAGACUUUUUGAGGCAGGAAAAAAACCAGAUUCCAUUCACCCUGGCAAGUAAAUUUUGAUCUUGGGCCAGUGAAAAUAGAUGUUUAAUAGUUAAGUGGACAAUUGAAAUUAGCCUCAGCAGUCCUGUGAGUCUGUCUGAAAGUGUCAUCUUUGUGAAUGGCAAUUUCCAACAGAAACUAUUUUAAAACUGAUGACUGCAAAAUGAGGGUUACAACGAGUUGAAAGCAUUCAUGAAUCAAUAUUUAAAAUCCAAGUGCAUGUUUGCUUGCUUGUGUUACUUCAUGUACUCUGAUCACCAAGGCUUUGUGUUGCAUAAUGUGACCUCCAGGGCUGGGUUGUUUGAAGGUGGGUUAAGGUAACCCAGGGUUAGUGCGACAUUUGAACUCAGAUAUGAGAACUUAAAAAGCAAAUUCAGUUUAAUUCUAUUUGCCUACAAUUUGAUGAUUAGUUACUCUAAAAAGAAUAGAGAAAAUUAUCCAAGAAAGUGAUUUUGAUAAAAAGACAAAUAAACCUGCAUUAAAAUUAACCCUUGCGCCAACUGGCUUUUCAACAACUGGUGCCUGGGAAUUCUGUAUUAACUUUUAUUCAAAAUGUAUUCUAGAGAAGGUCUGAUCGGUGGUUUUUAAGGCAACUAAAAAAAUAUUGAAACUGAAUGUUGCACUGAAAUUAUGUAUGACAUAAAGCCCUGUCAAACUCUUUAUUUUAAAUUAUGCCAGAUGUUAGUACAUGUUCAUACAUCCAAUGUUUAGAGGUUUUAUGCAGUUAGCUGCAGGUUCAUACAUAUAAUGUGCUCCGUGAUAGAGUAGGGCUUUGAUGCCCUACCUAAAGGAAACAGUUUUGCGAAGAAAGUCAUGUCCAAUAGCCCUGUGUUAAAGGAAUUUGCUAUUACAAGUACAGUGUAGGCUACUGAAUUCUCUUCUUACACCUGCAACUUGCCCGACAGGCAAGUGAACUUUUUUUUGGGAGUGCCAUAUAUCCCGCUCGUCGGGUUAGUUAAAAUUACCCUUGAACCAGUACGUGCUAGCUACAGCUUGCUCAAAGGGGAAGCUCUAAAAUUGACUUUUAAUAGGGCUGCCAAAUGCUACUAAACCUGGCCUGGUAAAUAACUGUAGGCUGUAGGUUUCAAGUUCGACCCACCCACCCACCCAUACAUUUACAUGAAUAUUUUACCUUCCCCAAGAACUUGUUAGGGUCUAUUCAUUAGCAAUUUUUACUUUUUGAGAUUUUGUGUUUUACUGAUCAUUUUAUCGAGAUACUCAUUUUUUAUUACUUUUCCUUGGCUAGCCUCAUAAAGAGAUUCUUUUAAUUUUUAGAUUUUGUUUUGAAGACACUUUUUUAAGGCACCCUGUGUGGAGAUUUCCCUAUUUCAUGGAUUUUCUUUUUUUCGCCGUAAAUGUUUUUGUAAGAACAUAUUGCUCUUCUCUUCUCCUGCACAUUAAGUCCUUACAGUUACAUGGUACGUGAGAAAUUGGUUUACCCUUGAAUAUUUUGUUUAUAAAUGCACGAGGUGGAACGAGAAUGGGAUAGAGGAACUGGGGAAAGUGUGAUGGACAAGUACUUGUUUGAACCAAGAUGGACUAGCAUGGUAUUCAGUGAACGUUAGUGCUCAUCACCUGUCAAACUCUGGGAUUAUGUACUACAGUGAAACCUGUAUUAAGCGGACACCCUCUAUUAAGCGGACAGUAGCCGAAGUCCCCAAAUUUAUUUUCCUUAUUUACUUUAAAUGAAACCUGUAUUAAGCGGACGCGGACGCCUACAAAGUACCUGAAAUGGUCAUUUCUACUGUUGCCAACCUGUAUUAAACGGACACUUGUAAUUAAAUUCCACCACCCAAUACGCCAGAUACCGGAAAUGCGAAAGAUUGCCUCGAAUUGCCACCCACAAAUUUUUCAAUUUUUACGUUAAAAAACGUGACUUGACGAACUUAUUUGAUUAGUUUCACAGUACAGGAUUGUUUUCUAUUUCGUUUUGGUUGUAUAGCGCUUGUUUCACUCAUCUGAUUUCUUCAAAUUUGAGUUGCAACCAUGUUUAUGGUACUAUGAUCAAUUGGUUCACUUUGAUAAAGAAAUUAAUGCAAACAUCUAUCGUCAUAGUCUCUGGGAGUAUUAUAAACGCUUCCACUGUUCAUUUGAAUGGCAUUUGUCACCUCAUAUGACGUUAUAUAUUGAAAUCUGUAUUAGGCGGACAGCCUGUAUUAAGCGGACACUACAGCAUUCCCCGAGGGUGUCCGCUUAAUACAGGUUUCACUGUAUUAUUGUUAAAUAUUGACGCAUCCAAUUCAGAAAUGCUGGAUGUUAUCAUUUAACCUAAUAAGCCUUUAACUAAUGGUAUUUUCAUUUGAUGUUUAAAAGGACUGAUGAAAGAGAAAUGCAACCCAUGCCCUUUAAGUGCAAUGAAUGUGGCAAGUGUUUUGGAGAUAAGAGAAACCUUAAAAAACAUGAGAGAGUCCACACCGGAGAGAAACCUUAUCAGUGUACUCAGUGUGGCAAGUGUUUUAGCUUAGCAGGAAACCUAACGAAGCACUUCAGAAUUCACACGGGAGAAAAACCCUUUGAAUGCAAACUGUGUGGCAAGCGUUUCAGCCGAGCAGGACACCUAAAAACACAUGAAGGAGUUCACUCUGGGGAAAAGCCGUAUAAGUGUGAGAAGUGUGGCAAGUGUGUAACCCGACCAGAAAACCUGAAGGCUCAUGAACGAACGCAUACUGGAGAAAAGCCUUUUGAAUGCAAACAGUGUGGAAAGUGUUUUAGCCGACCGGAAAUUCUAAAGGCUCAUGAGCGAGUCCACAGCGGGGUGAAGCCAUUUAAAUGUAAGCACUGUGACAUGAGUUUUAGGCAAAGGGGGCACCUAAGAGUACAUGAAAGAGUUCACACUGGACGAAAGCCUUAUGAAUGCGAACAGUGUGGCAAGUCAUUCACUGACGGAGAGAGGCUAAAAAAACAUAAAAGAGUUCAUACUGGAGAAAAGCCUUACAAAUGUAAAGAGUGUGGCAAGUGUUUUAGCCAACCAGGGAACCUAACGACUCAUGAAAGAGUUCACACUGGUGAAAAACCUUACGAAUGUAAACACUGUGGAAAGCGUUUCACCGAAACAGGAAGCCUUAAGAAGCACGAAAGAGUUCACACUGGUGAAAAGCCUUAUGAAUGUAAGCAUUGUGGCAAGGGUUUUAAGCGUUCAGGACACUUAAAAGCUCAUGAAAGAAUCCACACUGGUGAAAAACCUUACAAUUGUAAACACUGUGGAAAGUGUUUUAGCAAAGCAGAAAACCUUACGUCUCAUAUCCGAGUUCACACUGGGGAAAAGCCGUUUGAAUGUAAACAGUGCGGUAGGUGGUUUAGCAAAGCAGCAAACCUAUCGACUCAUAAACGAGUUCACACUGGGGAAAAACCUUACAAAUGCAAACAUUGUGGCAAGUGUUUUAGCCAAGCAGGAAACUUAAAGACUCAUGCAAGAGUUCACAGUAGGGAAACGCCUUAUGAACAUGAACUGUCAGGGGAAAGUUUAAGUGAAGCGGAAAGGCUAGGACAUCGUGAAAUACAUGUAGUCUUUGGUAAAGAGAAGCCUUUCUUAAUGGAAGCAGUGGGGCAAGAAUUUAAACCUAUAUGUACGGCUGUAGCCGGACAGCUAGGGACACAUGACAGUGCACAAUUUUUGAAUUGCGUUAAUAUUGGCAUAGAAACGAAUGUCAGUCUUAACGUUUGAGAUUAAAACGCUAGAGAGGAGCUAAAGAGAUGUUGGUGUUAGGACCACAAGAUUUCUAAACACGUCAUUUGUUUGGAAAACGGGAUCUGGAGAUAAUAUUCCAAAAGGCCUACAACCAGUAAUCGUUGAGAAACAGAGCUGUUGGAUUUGUCAAGAGGAGAUGAGUAGCGAGGCUUUUCUUUAA